AUGUUGCGACAAGGACACCUCAAAGAGUUGCUAAGCGACCGGGGAAGGACCAACUUUGCCAGAGGACACGAGAAACACCAAGGAUGGCCAAAACCACCCUCGCCAUCAUGUACCAUCCACAUGAUCAUUGGAGAAAGUGAUGGCUCAUCCAUUAACAGCGUGAAAUUCACCACCACCCACAAUCUUAAGCGGUCAAUCACCCGCGAACGGCAUGACAAACUCGUCGAAAGUAUUAUCUUUGAUAAGUUAGACACCAACGGUUUGACCUUUCCUCACAAUUAUGCCCUCGUUAUUACCUUACAAAUUUCAGAUGCCGAUGUGAGACGCAUUAUGGUAGAUGACGGGAGCGGCACGUGCAUUAUCCAUCCUCCAGUACUUGCACAAAUGAAACUCGAAGAUAAGAUAGUGGCGCGCUGCAUCACACUAAUUGGUUUUAACAAUGCAGUUGAGUAA